GGUCCGCUCGGUGAAAAGGGGUCCAGCUUGUGUCGAGUGAACAGGCGACCCCGCGGCCCCAUCGCGGAGCUGGGUCGGAGGCGCGGGGUGAUCUGGUGCCGACGCUUGUUUACACCUGAAUUGUGCUCCCUGAGCCUGGAUUUCCUUUGCGUUUGGAGGAAACGUUGUGACAAGCUGUCAAAGUGUCAGUCUCGGGACGUUGCAAACGUCGUUCCAUCCGAACGGCGAGCGCCCGCCGGCCGGACCCCGGCGGGACGGCGCGGAGACGCGCGGCCCACGGCAUCGGUCGUCCCGCCGCGGGGGCAGCCGUGGGGCCGAGCUCGUCCCGCGUGGAAAGCUGGGUCACGCACCUCUGAGUUGCCGGGAUGGACCUCGGGGCCCGAGCAGGUCAGGUGACCCUCUGGGGUUGCGAAGCCUCACCUGGCAUGACGUCAAGCACACGCCCCUUUUCCCUCCUUUUCACUCCGUUUAGAGCUUUGGACCAGUUAUCUUAACCGAGCACAACGCGCUGUGACUGCACAGGACGCGAGUCACAGCUGACGGGCCCGGCGGCCCGAGCGCCAUCCGGAGCCGGGCUGCCCGGUCGCACGGCGGCGCUGGAACUGGCAGCCCGUUCCUGUGGGAGGUGCCAGGUCCCUGCUGCAGGACAGCUUAGGCCGCAGCCUAACAGCCAGGCCUGAGACGGGGCCUGUGGGCGGGCGUUCCCCGAGAAAGCAAGGGCUGCAGCGCGCUGGCACGGGCCCCGAGAUAAGGGCUGGAGGGCUGGGCUCGGAGGACUCGGAGUGAAAGAACAGGACGAGCCGUGCGAGUGGGGGUGCAGUUGUCCCCACGGAGGGAACGGUGACUUCCAGCUGUGAAUUACCCCUUAGGCUUCAGGCCACAAGCAGAAGCCCUCAAGGCUGGGUCUGGAGGCGGGGCAGGCAUGGCGGUGACCCGUGACCCCUGGGCCAUCAGAGCACAGGGAUGUGGUCAGGGGAGCAGCCCGAUGCGAGGAAGAGGGAAGACGGGCGGCCACAGCCCCGCCUGCGCUGCCUUUCCAGAUGCCCAGCUGUGCUGCUGUGGGUGCGGGCCUGGGCCGAGGGGGUUCGGGCAGCAGCGCUGUGAAGUUUGGGGGGCUCAGUGCCUAUGCAGGGCUCCAGGGAGGGCUGCCGGCCGCCUGCACUGGGUGCCUGAGGCUCUCCACACCCAAGGCCUGGCCUCGUUCUCUCGGGGCCCGCGUGGUUCACCUGGUCGAUGCCCCCCACACGGUGCUAACCGACUGGAGAGAUCUCAGUGACAGAUUGAAGCCGGACACACGAAGAUCCUAGAGACGGUCACACCGACUUUGUUUUCUUGGACGAGAGCAGUGUGGGGCCCCCAAGCCCUGUGUUGGCCGCGGGACACCUUCGAUAUAAAAUUUGGGACAAUGAGUCUUGAAAGUGAUAGAGGGACAUCAGAGAGCAUUUUCGACCUGGACUACGCUUCCUGGCAGAUCCGCUCGACGCUGGUGGUCGCUGGCUUUGUCUUCUACCUGGGCGUCUUUGUGGUCUGCCACCAGCUGUCGUCCUCCUUGAACGCCACCUACCGUUCUCUGGUGGCCAAAGAGAAGGUCUUCUGGGACCUGGCGGCCACCCGCGCUGUCUUUGGUGUGCAGAGCACCGCGGCGGGCCUGUGGGCGCUGCUGGUGGACCCCGUCCUGCACGCCGACAGGGCGUGUGGCCAGCAGAACUGGUGCUGGUUCCACAUCGCUACGGCAACGGGCUUCUUUUUGUUGGAGAAUGUAGCGGUUCACCUGUCCAACUUCUUCUUCUGGACGUGGGACUGGUUUUUAGUGCUGCAUCAUCUGUUUGCCUUCCUGGGGUUUCUGGGCUCCGUGGCCAAUGUCAAAGCCGGCCACUAUCUGGCCAUGACCACGUUGCUCCUGGAGGUGAGCACCCCGUUCACCUGCGUCUCGUGGAUGCUCUUGAAGGCCGGCUGGUCGGACUCUCUGCUCUGGAAGGUGAACCAGUGGCUGAUGGUGCACAUGUUUCACUGCCGCAUGGUCCUCACCUACCACAUGUGGUGGGUGUGCUUCCAGCACUGGGCCGCGCUGGCCAGCAGCCUGUACCUGCCCCACCUGGCGCUCUUCCUCUGUGGACUGGGCCUGCUGACGCUGCUCAUCAACCCAUACUGGACCCACAAGAAGACGCAGCAGCUCCUCAGCCCGGUGGACUGGAACUUUGCACCACCAGAACCCAAAGGCAGCCGGCCCGAGCGGACCAAUGGCCAGCUGCUCCUGAAGAAGGGGCACUAGUUGCUCGGCCGCCCGCACGCGGGACCCUCGAGGGCUGCGUGCCCCCUGAGACUCUCGCCAGCCGGUCCAUAGCAUUAAUGUCCAGGUGGCCGUGGAGCGCUGAGGACCCUGGUCUGCCUGUCGGAGCAGGUGUGGGCGCUCUCGGUUCCUCGUCUCUGUGGCUGCUUCCUGUGAGCUCACCCUGUCCGUCGUCAGGAAAGAGACCUGUGCUGCAGGCUUUGCAGGCGGCAGGGGGCGGCUCUGUUUGAAUACGGCCAUACCUUGUUUUACUGCACUUGGCUUUAUCAUGCUCCACAGAUGUUGCCUGUUUCCCAAAUGAGGCGAGCUGCAAGUCGCUGCUCACUUUAUUGCGGGUCCGGAGCUGACCCCGCAGCACCUCCACCUCCGAGAUGGGCCUGCCUGUGGAGUGACUUCACGUCAGGAAUGCCACGUUGGUGGGUGUGCUUGCGUAGACAUCCUUUCUAGUCACACCACCACCAUUUCCCGUGUCUUAUUCAAAAUUUAUAGUCUUUUUAAUUGGAAAGAAUUGUCCUAAGCUAGAAAAUAAUACGAUUUGUUACUUUGUUAAAAUUUCCCAGGAUAGGACAUUUAAGACCAGGUGUGCUGUGGCGCCAUCUAGUGGCACAACUGUGUAGACAGGCGGGAACAGACAACGCAGAGUGAAUGAGGGGUAGUUGAGGUUAAAGCUUGUGAGGUUGUUUUCUUAUCAAGGAAGCUAUAUUAAAACAAGAAUUUUGUAUUUGUAUUGCUCGACUAACAAAAUAAGGUAGCUGGUUAGUAAUCAGAAUUGUCUAGAUUUUAGAGCCAUUUCAAAUUGACUGAGUGGCCACCAGGUGCCCAAUGAGACCGUGAUUCCUCGGUGGGCUUUCACUGUAGGUUUCAAGACCAGCUCGGGCCGGCUUCCCUACGGGCUGGGGGGUAGGCCUGCCCCGGACGUGCUCGGCUGCUGGGCCCCGUGUCCCCUUUCCCUCACCUGCCUGGUGAUGAGCCCCGGGGACAUCGUGUUCACCGUUGUGCCCAGGUAGAAUUUAUACACCAACCUAGCAAUUUUAGGUUGGUGUAUACAACCUAGCAGACGUAGACAUUUUAUUCUUGCUGCGAGUGUGCAGUUCGUAGCAAAAGUUUAUUUUUAUCGAAAGCACUUUUGAAGUGUGUGUGAAACCCACGUGUGUCUUGGUGGUGAAAACCCUGUGGGACUGGCGAUGCUUACUACCCUGGAACUCUCAGAAUAAUGUUCUCACUACUGGUGUUUUGACUAUUGAUUAAGUCAGAAUAUAUAAUCCCUAUUUAUCUAAUUUUAAGAAGCGACUUAAACCUUAACAAUACCCAGCAAACCCUGUCCCUGCCGAGACAGCUAACUGAAGACGCUGCCUCCUGUGGCCUGCACCUUCCCGUGUGGUGGCAGGUGUCCCCAGCGUGCAGACGUGUAAUAAAUGACUGAUGCUCGCAGAACCCACAGGGUGUCGGCUCUUGUGUCUCACCGCUGCUCACACACUGAGUAGUCCCUGUCUCAGAGACACAGCCUGUGCUGGGCCCUCAGGUGUUCACAGUCCAGCUCAAAGCUUGUUUUUUAUCUGACCUUCACGAGGAGUUGGGCUGUCCCGGGGCUCCCCGCUCAUCCCGCAUCUCAGGAACACGCGAGCUGGCCUGCACCCACGUCCUCACCGGCUCCCUCUGUCAGGACUUGUCGUGAGGACCACGAACCGUCACGCGCCUACAGUGCCGGGGCUGGUAACACCCCAGGUGGCACCCUGCUCUCCGGGGCCUCAUGGGCCCAGGUUACCGUCCCGGCCAUGUGCGUGCCUGAGGGCUACAGGGGGCAGGUGCAAGCGCUGGCCCAGAGCGGCGGCCUGCACUGCCCGGCCAGCUGACACGUGCUCUGUGUGACACGCUGUCCGCUGAGACGCCAGCCGGGGAGGGUUCACCUAAGGCUCAGAAUGCUGCAUCUCUGGGAAAGUGGGGGCCCUGGCAGUGUCAGCCUUGACUGUCCUCCUGGUCACAGGUGUCCUCAGCUGGACGUGGGCUGUCCAGCUUGACUCUGACCUGGCGGUCAGAUGUCAUUGACCAUCACUUGGCACUGUGCCUUCUGUUAUGGUAAAGAAAUAUUUCUCUGUACCCGAGUUUGUUUUUCAGAAUGGGCAAACAGCAUAGGCCAAGGACGCAGAGUGAGUCGAGGGAGCAGGACAGUGCGCUUCCUUUGUGGAGGGAGCCUGUGCCCUGCGGGCCUGGGGGCAGUGGCACCUAUGCCCUGCCCCCUCUUCUCAGCCCCCACUUCUCAGCCCCCACGAGCUCCUCAGCACAGGCAGACCUCCAAGACACUGCGGGGCUGCUUCCAGGCCACGGAGAAGCGAGUGUCGCAGUGACGCAGUGGUCGUCUUCCUGCUGACGGAGGGGCUUGCCUCCGUUGGUAAAAAUGCAUGCUUGUGAAGUGCCGUGUGUGUCGCCGUGAAGUGGGCGCUGGUGCAGGAGGCACUGAGUGACGGCUCCUGCGUUUUGCACGAGCGGCUCUGAAGUUGCACUUCUGACCCCGUUUACAGUUUGGGAGCGGAGGCUCUGAGCUUGUGACUGGCUGGUUGGUGACACGGCUGCUAAGUGGCCACGUGUGCAUGUGGGCUUGUUCCUCUGGGUUCAGAGGUGAGGCUGGGGGGAGCCCCACGAGCGCAGGAUCUAUGUCUGCUGCCCACUGACCUAUUCCGGCUGCUCCAGGACGGAGGGUGAGUAGCUGCAACAUGUCCAUGGAGCAGGCCCGUCAGAGCGCAGGUGGCAGGCUCCGCAGGUCACAGCAGAAGGUGUGGUGCAGGCGUUACCGAGAAGAGGGCAGGCAGGGUGUGGCGCGGCACCCCUUGCUCAAGGGCUCCCGCUCAGGCUGCUGGCCACGGGUGAGAUUCUGGGGGCAGAAAUGGAGUCACUGGGAACGGCUCUGCUGGGAGUGUCUUGUGCCCCUGGACGCCGGUGGGAGGCGGGGUGGCGGCUGUCAGGGUCAGCGAGCGUUUUCUUGGCAUCAUAGGUGUCGGCGUCAGGUCCGUCAGAUGAUUUGAUGGAAUGCUAAAAUUUCCACCCAUGUCUGAGUGGUUUGCGAAGUGGAAAGCUUCCUUUACUCUGUGUGGACCUCAUAUGGACGGGCCAGUCGGGACCUCCCCAUCUGCCCAUGUACAGCCGGACCGCAAACAUCAGCCCCUUGGACUUGGGGCUCCCUCGUCGGCUACGCUGGCUGUGCUGGCUCGGGUCCUUUCCCCACUCUUGUCACACGUGCUGUGUGUUCAGUGUGUUACAGCGGUGAAAGGGCACCAGUUAGAAAUGCUUCCGGGUGACUGCACUGCUUCAGCAGCUCUCACAGAAUGAGGGGUGCAGAGGUGGGGCCUCAGGGUUAGCGCUCAAGGUGUGAACUUGGGGGUGACACGCAGACUAUAGCGGGAUUCCAGCCAGACCGAUCUCAGGAUCCUUGCUGAGGGCUCAGGGGGGACUCACGCCUCACCUGGAGGGGAGGGCACCUGGCCAGAGUGUAGGGCGGAGGUCCCGGCCAGCUGGCCCAGCAGGAAGCGUGCUGAGACUGGACACCACAAAGGCAGAGUCUGAAGCCCGAGUCGGCCCGACUGGGAAGAGCGUUCAGGGGAGCCGGCGAGCAUUAGGGCCACAAGAGACUCGCCUCCUUCCUCUGCCCAGCCCGCUUCUGUCAGCGACACUUUUGCCCAGACUGUCCCUUCGUGACCCAGGCUGGCCGUGUUCCUGGACCCGGAACUCGACUGGCUCCCACAGGGCUCCGGAUUCGCUCACGGAAGCUGGCUUCCUGCACGGGCAGCAGCUCCCUGUGAAAGAUGUCAGCUUUGUUAACUGGCCUACUGUGUCGUGUCACCAGCCCCCAUGCUCCGGAAUAAGGUCUACCCUGUCGGUGAGGCAGAGCCGGGGGCCUGUGACCAGGACGGGCCUGUGCUGCCUCUGGGCCGCGGGUGGGGAUGCCGAGGGAGGAUCAGAGCUGCAGGUGGGCCACUGGCCGCAGCUCCUCACACUGAGGCCGCUGACCUCUGCGCGUCCCCUCUCCUGGCCUAGUGCGUCCGCCGGCGACUGGGCUUGCACAGCGCUCCUCAGCGCCGGUCGCCCCGGGCAGGCUCUCCACACCGUCCCCCAGCGUGGGAGGGAGUUCCAGGAGCCUGGUGCUCGGCCGGGACGCGGGCUGCCGCUUUUCCCCGUGAGAAGAGGUUCUGCAGUGGUGGCCCCGAUGGGCUGGACCACGUCCCAGUCCUCCCCGCUCGCGGAGGCAGCGCCCUGGACCCAGCCCCUGGAGGGAACGGCCGAGUUUGGGGAAUGUCCUUCUUCUGACUAACUGCGGAGUGGGGUUCUGACUGCUCCACAACGAGCGACAUGCUGGAAUGUCCUUACGUCAUUUCCAGCGGCCAGGCCUCACAAAGUCCUGAUUGUCAUGCUAUUAGGAUUACCUCAUUUUCUGAGUCAGAAAACAGAAAUACCUGGGCAUACGUAUCUCAAUAUUAAAUUAGCUUUCUUUUAAACUGCUGUCGGGAAGGAAAUCAUGUCUCUAGUAAUAAAAUCAGUCCCGUGGACAUUUCACAUGGAAACACCGCCGGGCCGGCACGUGGCAGCAGCGGCAGGCGCCCACCACGGGCUGUGCCCCCGCACAGUGGGCUUCCUCUGCGGGGCUCGUCUCCGUCUGAGCUGGGGGUGGCCCUGACGGUGCCUCCCUCGGCCAAGCUCAGACAGACUGCGGUCACUAAAGAAACAGGCCUCGGCUGUCAUCGGUAAGGGACCUGCCGGGGGACAUAAGUGACAAGUCCCCAGGUAGGUGUGACCUCGGGUGACACUCCCAGCCGGACCGAACGCCCUCCGUGUGCUGAGGGUCAGUGCAUCCUCGAGCCUCACCCUGGGUCACGUUUGUGGUUAGGAGAUGUGACUAGUCCCGUGUCUGCCACAGACCAGUUGUUGCACAGGCCCCUCCUUGCCCCAGGUUUUGCUGUCCUCCCUGUGAAACGGCGGGGCUGGGGCUGCCCAUGCGAGUCGCCUCGUGUCCGCCCUGUCGCGGAAUGAACUCUCACGGGACACGCGGUGGCGGCAGCCAGGUCCCAGCCAGGCCGCCCUGGUGUGUUGCUGGGACAGCUGCAGGCCGGAGGCGGGCACUACGCGUCACCUGUGUGUGGGAGGAGCUGCUCGUGUCCUGCAGGACCAGCUGGGACGCCCAGUGUCCAGGUGCCAAGGCCGUUUUCCGUCAGUGGCUUUGAGGGCGAAGCAUCCGGUGCCCCUCACAGCCUGAGAUGUCACAGCAGAUGAAGCCAUGCUGCUGUUUGAGAGUCCGGGGAGGAGCACGCUGACCCUGGGACUCGUAAGGAGGUUUGAACGGUGACAUGGAGCGGAGGACUGACGCACCAGGAGAGGCCCUUCGUCUCCGACUCGUGACUGAUGUUCCUGGUUGAAACCUGGUCUCAUUUCCCCGCGUCUCCGGGCACGGUGUGUCCUGUGCCCACUUCCUGGUCCCCAGACCCCGCCCGGCGCCGCUCUGAGCACCAAAUCACUUCAGUAAGAAACGGUGCUCCUACCUGAUCUAACCCUUUAAAAUGACACCAGCACUUCCAAGGUUCUCAGGAAUGCAAGUGGCGUUAAAAGUCAUACAACUCAAGUUAAAAGUGAGUUUUCAGAGGGCUGAAAGGAAGGAACCCGGUUAGUGCUCUUCAGAGGUUUGGGGGGAGAGCACUUUCACACGGGAGGCACCCCUCAGCGUUCCCGACUUUUCUCUGUUGUCCACUUUAAUAAGGCCAUAGAAUAUAUGCUGUCUUAUAUUCUGUAAGUGCCAUUCCGAUGCGCCUUCUGUCAUCUUUUACAGAGGUUUGUAUAGAGCAAACGAAUACAUUUCAUUGUUAUACACAUUAUGUUAAUGUAAUAUGACACAAAUAUCGCAGGCGGUGUGUAUAGGUGUAUCUGCCCGUUCGGAGUCCUCAAGGCAAUUCUGAAUUCAUCGGUAACUUUCCUGAACUACUUUGAAUUCAC